UUACUUGUAAGUUUAUAUUACGUGUACGUUAGUCAUUCAGAGUGACGCUUAUAAUUCAUAAUCAUAUAUCUGUACUUCAGAAGUUACUGUGAAAUCUAUUGUUGUAGUGAGAUUUAUAUUCAAUAAAAUGAAUAUUCUAGUGUCUGAAUUCAAUUCUAUGCAAAUAAGAGAUGUGUCUCCAGAGUUAGAGCCAAAUGUUAGGAAAUACAACACUAUGGAACCAACUUUGCAAGAGAUUCAAAAAGCUAUAAACUUAUCGCCCUCUGAGAAAAAACAUCAUAAUUCGAUCAUACAUCAGAUUAUCAAUCAGGUAGUGGACGAAAUGAAAUCCAAGGAUAUUCUGUUCAAAAAUUUGUUCAAUAAAAUACUCUUCGGGGGAAGUUAUUAUGAUGGAUUAAAGAUACAUUUACCAGAUGAAUAUGAUAUAGAUAUUGUCCUGAAAUUGCCGAAAAAAGCAAAUGCUCAAUUGACAGUUAACGAAAAACCUGGAUUCGUUAAAGUCUAUGUUGAGUUGGAUUCGCUGAGUAAAGAAUCAGAUUACAAUAAAGAAUACAAAUCAAUGGAAAAAUUUGUAGAUGGCAAUUAUUUGAUGACAAACAAAUUUCGGGAAUGGUUUGAAGGAGUUUGUUCCAAAGUGAUAUCUAGUAUUGGCAACUACAAGUUCAGUAAAAGUGGUCCUGCGAUGACUUUAAAGACUGACAUUGAAGGUAAAAAAGUAUGUGUCGACUUAGUUCCUUGUUUCAUUUUUACUGACCAGUAUUGGCCUGCGAAACCUUACAGAAAAAACGCAUCAACUUCUAAGGGAGAAUUUCUCGUAGUGCCUAAAGAUCCUAAAGUAAUCGUAUCACCCUACAUUUUCUGGAGAUUAUCUUUCCAGGAACAGGAAAAAGAUGUUAUUACUGGUAAAAAUGGUUUGAAAGAUACCAUAAGAUUGCUGAAGCUUUUGAGAAACCGUCAGUUUAAUGAAUCAUCUUUUGCAAGCUACUUCAUUAAAACUGUCAUGAUGUUGUUCAGUGAAAAAGUAGAUGAUACUUUUUGGAGGAAUCCCAGAAGUUAUAUCUUUAUGAUGGGACUGAAGUACUUUGGUGAAUUAUUGAAGCAAAAAACUAUUCCAUAUUAUUGGAACAAAGAGUACAACCUUUUAACUGGGAUGAAAGAGGCAACUCUUAUACAGAUGUCGAAUAGAAUAGACAGAAUAAUAAAAAAUCUAGAAAAUCAAAACGAUAGUCCAACUAGACUCCGAUUGACCCUUCUCGAGUUCUUUGGACUCCCGAAUUUGUACGAAGAGUCUCCUGACAAGAUUGGUAAAGAUAAUAUAGAAGAAGAUGGAAACUCCUUAUUAAAAGAAGACAGUACAGGGACGGCCGAGGAAAACUCUAAUGAAGAUUCAAGUAUAAGAAAAGAAAGGUAUUCUGUUCUCAGUUCUUCUCAUGGGAAUGAAAGUGCCGCCAUGACUUCAAAGCUGAAUGAUACGCAGAAAACAGAAAGGAUUAGAUGGACGUCUGUCACAAAAAAUGAAGCUUUCGCGAUAUAUGUGUCGAAAAAAUUGGAAGAAAUGACUGAAACUCAAGGAAUAUAUGCUGAAAAACUUAUAUCUGAUAUAUUAAUAAAGGGUUCAUUAGACCUACUAACGGUAGACACAAAUAUUUGUGAUAAAGUACCUAUGUCAUCAUUACUCCCAGAAACUGAGAUGCAUAAAAACCCUGGUGUGACUAUUGAUACUUUGAGACAAAACGGGAGAUUUUUCAGAUUUACGCCUACUUCAUUUUGAGAAAUCAUGACAGUUUCAGAUGGCGCAUACAGCGUUUAUAAUUGACAUUUCUCGCAAUUCUCCACUCUCGUGACCUUUGAGUAUAAAUAAUAAUAUUUUAUAUUCUAUGCUCGUAGCAAUCUUCUAUACUCUGAAUAGAUGACUAGCCGUCUGUCAUUAUAUUCCAUUCAUUUCAUUAAAAAUUCGAUAUGAACUGAAUUGUAAUUUCUUGUGAGAGUUUGUAGUACCUCAAUUUUUUUUCAUUUUGAAACACCGCCAGACAGAUAGCAGGAAUUCGGACAAUUUUGAAGAGCGCCACCUUACAGAACUCUGGUCAGUUUUCACCCAAGUAACAGGUGGACUCUCAAAAAGUCUGAAUCAAAAUCCAACCAGUGCACACACCAGGGUUUCUUGCAUCUUACAGAAAACCUCAAUUACUGAACUUUAUUAGGUCAGAAACCGUCAGAAACAAAUAUCCAAAGGUUGAUGUUAUUACUUAUUUAUAAUUAUUGAAUAAUUUUUUUCAGAAACUGCAGUCACACAAAAAAGAAAUGAUAGUUAUUGCAACAUUUCUUGAAAUAUUAUGGUAAACGUCUAUUGCAACCACAAUACACAUUCGUGAAGAUACUUUUCGUGAAAUAUUUUCCAUAAAAGAUCAGGUUUAAAAUUAGGACCAUUAUUAUUAUGUAGGUUUUUAUCAUUAUUUUAUUCUCUUACCCAACUUGACAUGACAGUUUAAGGUAUUUUAAGGUUCUUCUAUUUAGAGUGCGUUUUUUGCAGUGUAUAUUUUUUGUCCAAUCCCAGAAAGAGAAGAGCAAUAUUCAAAAAUCCUUCAAUUUCUUUAGUAAUUUUCGAUAGAGGUGUAACAGUCCUAUAUGAAUUGUGUUUUUAAUACCAUGUAAGCUUUAUUUUUUCCACAGCAUUGUUAAUUGUUUCCACAGCGAAUGGUUAGACGGCCACUGAAACGAUAACAUUUCUCUCCUCGCGUUAGAAUGGUGUUAUUGUUAAUAUUAUUUAAUUUCUAAAGACAUCCCUGCAGCCAUGUGUUCUCUUCAGCUGGAAUUUGACACAUACCAUAGCUUUCUUUUGCAACAGAACUUUUUUUGCAUCCGGACAGAAGUGAACAACUUUUACAUUACAUUUUACAAGUUGUGCUCUUUCCAUAUUAGACAUUAUUAUAAUUCCACUCAUAACUAAGUUAAGGGCGAAUUUACAAGCCUUUCAUUAAUGAAAACGUUCCUCUCUUUUUUUUUUUUGAACGUUCAUGGACCACACCUCCACCUCUUACAAGAAAGAUGCCCCCCCAUUCCAUCUGUCAGCCUGGUGUCUAUUGGACAAAUAAGUUUUGAACAUUUCAAGUGCCUUUCCUCUUAUGCCAUAGCAUAUCAGGAAUUCACAAUAUAGAAUUUACUGUACCCUAAAUUUUCCUACAGACGAUUCUUACUCGAGUGAUAGUUCUUUUUCUAUUUAAAAAGAAAAAUUUUCAGUGUUUGAUCACUCAGUUAUAAUGGGAAUGGUUGAAUCUUUUAGGAAUUAUAUAUUUCUUUGAGGGGAAAUAACAAUAAUAAUAAAUUUAUUUGCAGAAAUAUAUAUUAUAUUAUUUUUGUAUUAUUUCAGGGCCGCUGCCAGGAGCGGCAAAUCGGACAUUUUUCCGGGGCUCCAAAUUGUAGGGGCGCAAAGUCAGUUAAUAAGACAUACUUUUUGGCACAAAAAUGUUUUCUUAGUAGUAAAAUAAUAAAAUUUCCUAGAGUCAAUUUUUUUCAAAUCAAAUAGGCUUUCUCAACUAUAGUUAUGAAAAUACGCAUAUAUAUUAAAAUUCACCUUUACGAUCUACGUCGGCUUUUUACAAUAGACUGAGGGGCCAGUUUCAUAAUCCAUGUGAAAAGGCUCCCCUUGUUAACACCGCUUCAUUAGAAAGUCGCCUUCAUAUGGAGCUUAAAAGUAGCUUCGGUUUCCUGAACAUAUGUAUUUCGACCGCCUUUGAGAGAAGUCUUUCUUUUAUUCGUAAAUGUCGAAUUUGCCGGAGCGCCAAAAUGUCUGGCGGUGGCUCUGUAUUAUUUAGCCUUAGACAUUCAUGUCGAGAUUAUAUUGGGUUACUUUUUCAAUAUUUUUAUAUAAAAUUUUUAAACGGCCAUAUUUUGUACAUUUUCAAUUACAUAUCUAAAAGUAAAAAAUGAAUGGUAAAAUGAUCUAGUUAGUUGAAUUUCUUGAAUUAAUUAAGUAUUUCUUAAUCAGAAUUUUAUUCAUUCAGAAUUCUUAUCUGAAAAUUUUUCGAAAAUUGUUAUAUUUUUUUUCAUUUAUAUCAUUUCAAUGAUAGUCUCAUGUUUUAAUUGAAAUCUGAGGAAUAGUUGAAUUUUAAUAAGAUUAGAUUUUGAAUUAUGAUUAGAGUAUUGGGGUUUUCAUCAUUAUUGUAUGUAACCAGAAGAAUUGUAUUUCAAAUUUGUAUCCUGACUUGAAAUUAUAGGUAUAUGUGUAGAUACUUUGUAUCUACUGAGUACCGAUCCGCAUUUUUUAGAGUUAGUUAUUUCGGUUAUAUUAAUCCAACUCACUCAUUUUAUAAUAUUUUAAGUAUCCGUCGACCUCGAAAAUUCUAUUGGAAGAAGAAGAAAUUCAUUGUGAGUGUUUCUUGUCCAUGGUUUUACUAUAGAUUUUCACUGUAGAUAUAGGUUGCUAUUUCUGUAUUAGAAUUCAAUAAAAUUUUAUUUGAAACAA